AGAAUAUUCUGGACAAAUGUCAGAAUACUUUGAAACGUCGUCUUCUGGCUGCCUGUUGCAAGAUUUACAUAGCCUGUCAUUCAAUGUUAAAUCUGAGUAAGGCGCAUUAUUGAAUGUGAAUAUUUGUAAUGCAGGUUCUCACACCUCACGUGUACUGGGCGCAGCGGCAUGGGGAGAUAUACCUGCGGGUGGAGAUCAGUGAUGCACAGAGUCUCAGUAUUGGUGUCGAAGAGAACAUCCUUCACUUCAAAGGUCAAGGGCACGGAGCGAAAGGAGAAAAUGAAUAUGAAUUCAGUCUGGAAUUCCUAAAACCUGUUAAACCUGAGGUGAAACACAAAUCCACCCAGCGGCAGGUGAAUAUCACAGUAAAGAAGCAGGAGCACGUCUGGUGGGAUCGACUCACUAAGCAAGAGAAGAAGCCUCUGUUUUUAGCACCUGAUUUUGACCGCUGGCUGGAUGAGUCAGACGCAGAAAUGGAGCUCAGAGAGAAGGAAGAGAAAAUGAACAAAAUCAACACUGAGUCAAGGGUUCGUAAGGACCCUUUUCUUGGCUUGAAAAAAGGUUUUCUCUUUAUGUACAACUUGGUCCAGUUCCUCGGUUAUUCCUGGAUAUUUGUCAACAUGACUGUACGUCUGUUCAUUCUUGGCGAAGAUUCUUUCUAUGACACAUUUCAUACUAUUGCCGAGGUGAUGAACUUCUGUCAGAUGUUGGCAGUAAUGGAGAUUAUUAAUCCUGUUGUUGGGCUGGUUAAGACUGGAGUCAUGCCUGCUUUUAUUCAGGUGAUGGGGAGGAACUUCAUCCUUUUUGUCAUAUUUGGCAUUUUAGAGGAUAUGCAGUACAAGCCAGUGGUCUUCUUUGUCUUCUAUCUAUGGAGUAUGAUUGAAAUAUUCAGGUAUCCUUUCUACAUGUUGGCCUGCAUUGAUACUGAAUGGAAGUUGUUAACUUGGUUGAGAUACACCAUAUGGAUACCGCUGUACCCUCUCGGAGUUCUAGCUGAAGCUGUGGCGGUGAUCCAGUCCAUCCCCAUCUUUGAUGAAACCAAACUCCUCAGUAUUCCUCUGCCUAAAGCCAUUGGCACCUCUCUCAGCUUUUCCUACAUUCUGCAGCUCUACCUGGUGAUCAUGUUCUUGGGGCUCUUCAUCAACUUCCGCCACCUCUUCAAGCAAAGGAGUAGACGGUUUCGCACAAAAAAGAGGAAAGCCAACUGAGAGGGGAAGGGGAAGCCACAUUUCACUCUCCAUGUGCAUCUCGGUUUUCUUUUUCUUAAUUUACUGCCUUCAUUUUCUUCUUUACAUUUGCCCUCUGUCACAGAGAAGUCAAACACACUUCUUUCAAACACCAUCUCAAGUGCAUUAACUUUCUACAUGCUGAAAGACCAUGUCUGAGUUGUAGAGGAUAUGGAUGAUUAAUUUAAAACACUAGUAAGAAAUAGAUCUUCUCAAACCAGGACCAUGAAGGUAUUUAUACAUUGUAUCAUUCCAUCUAUAUGCAGUAUGCUUGUGUGUUUGGUGUUGUAGAUUAGCUGUGUGACAGGUCUACAGAAGCAACAUUUUAUUUUCCUGUCAUUCCCUGAGAUGUGUUGUAGUAGAUAACAACAUAGACCAUGAACCUCAGGGAAAACGUCAUGAGGCAUUUGAGUCACAUGAGAAGAGCUGAUUCAGUGGCGCUGGAUGUGAAGGUGUAAAUGAAACAGUGAAAUGUUUAAUUAAAUUUCAAUGAAAAGAAGCAUUGAUUUUCAGAUGACUAUUAUUAAGCACAAACUAAAGGCAGGUUCAUUUUAUUGGUCGUUGUUAGAAAAAGCUAUUUACACAAACAGCUGCUUGUCUGAAAACAGAUUCCAAAGUCUCUAAAUGCAUUUUCUUGGAAAAGCAAUGAAUGUUUUUCUUUCCUCAAAUUGAGUGUUCAAUGUCAUAAUUUAUGUCACAUGUUUCCAAACCUUUCUGGCAACUACUACAACAUUGAAAAUGCAACAUUUGUG